ACAGACACAGACUCCUCAAUCCCACCCCCACGCGUGGACCUCCGCCAGUUCCCGAAACGUCAGCACACUGGCGACUGGCUGGUCAUCUUCCGCGUCAUCAUGCCGAUGUACAUGGUCAUGACGCUGUCUCAGUUUAUCACGUAUCUGCUGAUGUUUGUGGUGGGCGAGAAAGAGAAGAAGAUCAGGGAAGGGAUGAGGAUCAUGGGGCUGAAGGACUCGGUUUACUGGGGUGCUUGGUUCCUGAUCUACGCUGUGUUUGUAACAAUACUCUCCAUCGUCAGUACUGUCCUGCUUUUUACUUUGAAGGUAUUCCAGCAUUCUUCGUACAUCCUCAUUUUCCUGCUGAUGCUGCUUUUUGGAUUCACCAUCAUCACCUUCGCGUUUAUGUUGACACCGUUUUUCGACCGAGCUAGAACGGCCGGUAUCCUGGGCAGCUUCGCCGUGAAUCUGAUGAGCGGGCUCUACUUCAUCCAAGUGUUCGUGUCCAACGCCGACUCGCUCGCCUUCUGGUUCGUCUCGCUCAUCAGCUCCAGCUGUUACGCACUGGCUAUGGAUAAGGCUCUGGUCCUGGACAUGGCUGGCGUGGGCGUGACGUGGGACAACCUGUGGAGCGGGCCCGGCGUGCCCUUCGGCGGCAGCCUCAUCAUGAUGGCGGUGGACACGGUGCUCUACGGCCUCUUCGCCUACUGGCUGGACGCUGUCAUCCCGAGCGAGUACGGCAUCAAGCAGAAGCCGUGGUUCUGCCUGAUGCCGUCGUACUGGAUGGGCAGCCGGCGCGGCCGCGUCUCCGCCGUCCACUUCCACUCCAACGGCGAUACUGCGCACAACAAGGAUAUCGAACCAGUGCCCAGGUAUAACCAGCUAUGGCGUUUCAAUGACGACCCUAGAAGAGGUGUUCCUAAGUCUAGAAGGAGAGAACGCAGAAGAGACAGAAACGGUGGAAGGCGUGUCUUCGGUAAAGCUUGUGAGAGCGCGGGCGCUCUCCAGGAGUCUGUCUUUGCAGAGCAAGACCUUGAGCUAUCAG